CUGCCGCCCCGCUGCUGGUGAGCCGCUUUCUUGAUCUUAGGAAGCGGCCUCUGAGCCAAGCGCACCACUGCUCGUCCCCCACUCAAGAUCCUAAUGGGUGAGGUGGGAGGGAGCGAGAAAAGGCCCAGCAACUUAGCCUCACCCUCUUCCCUUCACCACAUUGUGAGUGAGCGAUCCUCAGCUCAGCCAAUCGAGCCAUCCCCUCUGAGCUGGGAGGCGGUGCUGAAGCACAGUUCAACCAAUAAGCAGCCGAUCUGCCAGAGAAAAGGCCUCGGCGGCACGCAGCCCAGCCUCGGCCCCGAAGGUGCUGAGCGGCAGGGGCUGAGGCUGGAUCUCUGAGAAUGGUGUGUGAAUCCCAGUGGCUAGUGUGGAGAUCAACUGUUGCUCAGUUGUCCUGCCUUCUGUGAAGGUGCAGCCAUGUCUGUGAUGAUAGCAAGGAAGAAAGUGAUACGGAAAUGGGAGAAGCUGCCAGGAAGAAACACAUUCUGUUGUGAUGGGCGCAUCAUGAUGGCUCGACAGAAAGGCAUCUUCUAUCUCACCCUCUUCCUCAUUGUGGGAACUUGUGCUCUCUUCUUUGCUUUUGAGUGUCGCUAUCUUGCUGUCCAUCUGUCCCCAACUAUCCCUGUUUUUGGAGCUGUCCUCUUCCUAUUUGCAAUGGCUACCCUCCUGCGCACAAGCUUCAGUGACCCAGGAGUGAUUCCUCGAGCCAUGCCUGAUGAGGCAGCUUUCAUUGAAAUGGAGAUUGAGGCAACCAAUGGGACUGUGCCUCCAGGUCAGCGGCCACCCCCACGCAUUAAAAACUUUCAGAUCAAUAACCAGAUAGUGAAGCUUAAGUACUGCUACACAUGCAAGAUCUUCCGUCCACCACGUGCCUCGCACUGCAGCAUCUGUGACAACUGUGUGGAGCGGUUUGAUCAUCAUUGCCCCUGGGUGGGCAACUGCGUGGGAAAGAGGAACUAUCGUUACUUCUACCUCUUCAUCCUCUCCUUGUCUCUUCUCACAAUCUACAUCUUCUCCUUCAACAUUGUCUACGUUGCCCUGAAAUCCCUGAAGAUUGGCUUUUUGAAUACUCUGAAAGAAACCCCAGGGACAGUCCUGGAGGUUUUGAUCUGCUUCUUCACACUAUGGUCUGUGGUGGGUUUAACUGGCUUCCACACUUUUCUGGUAGCGCUGAACCAGACAACUAACGAAGAUAUCAAAGGUUCCUGGACAGGGAAGAACCGUGUGCAGAAUCCCUAUAGCCAUGGCAACAUUAUGAAGAACUGCUGUGAGGUUUUGUGUGGCCCUCUGCCUCCCAGUGUGCUGGAUAGGCGAGGCAUCUUGCAGCAGGAGAGUGCUGCCCUUGAAAGCAGUGCUGGACCUGAGCCCAACACUCAAGAAGAGGGGACCACAGAAGAACCCAGUGCCCAGGAAACCAGUGGUGACAGUGCCCUCCCAGAGGAGAGUGUGCUCCCUGUGCCAACAGGCAAGGUGCCACAGGAAACAGUGCAGCCCCCUUCUGCAGCAGAACCAUCUGUUCCAUCCCUGGAUCACAAGCAUACAACGCACUAGCCUUCGAAGUGGACAUGAACGCUGUUUUUGUUUGGCAUACUCCUUGUGGAGAGGACCAGGGCAGGGAACAGCUUGGCAGGACAGUGGCCUUGCUGUUCCCUUUGGCUGUUUGUUCACCAGUGGUUGUGACCUGUGUCUACAAACUGAUGAGUGCCAGCACUCCCCUUUCUAAAUGGAUGCUGAGCACCCACUAUGCUGCUGAGGGACCCUUCCCCCCUCAAAAGGCAAUUGCUGCUGCCUAGGGCAGGCCCACUUCCCCUGUCUUUGGUCUCUUAACACUUCUAAGCGAGUGCCUCUCUAGCCUGACAUCGUUGAAGCAUGGAGCCAGCUGGGUAGAAGAUGGAGCUGAUGGCAUUUUUCUGUACUGUCUUUCUACCUGUGGUUGCAGUAUUUUAUGUUGGCUGAACUCAGCAGCCAGCAGAACCAAGUUGAUAAUGGGAACAUAGACAACCAGGUUUCUACGUAGCGCUCCUUCCAAAUGUUCCCUGCCAGACCGUGCCGUAUGGUACCUCUGAACCCCAAGUGGUCCUAAAUUAUCAAACAACCAGCCAAGGGAGCUCUAGCUUGUCCUUGCCCCCAACUCCCUCUAUUUGUCUAGAUAUUGAAACUCUGGUACGUUUUUCUCUUUCCUCUUUUCUCCCAGUAUGUCUUCCUGGUCUUCUCUCAGUCCCUCCUCCCCACCAUUCCAGUCUUCUGAGGUAGCAUUGGUAAAUGCUGACCCCUCCAUACUGCUAAGCAGCUCAGCCAGGGCUACUGAAGGGGCAGGGUGGACCACAAGGUGGUAAAGUGACGUGGGAGCAAUAGAGCCAUUGGCAUUUGCUUGGAAAGGAUACUACUAUACAGGCAUAGGAGGUGUGCCCCUGUUCCAUUACUUCCUUGUGGCCCAUAAACCACCUGGUGCUCUUCAGCUCAGUUGAUCGAGUGUUGAGUGAUGCUCUUUGUAUUAUCUGGCUAAAUGGUAAUUGCUCUGUCCAGACCUUCUUGUGCCUCCCAAUCCCUCCUUGUUUAUAAGCGGAGGGGAGUUGCCAAAAAAGGGCUCUGAAUGAGUGGUAGUAUGUUUGGGGUGGGCGGGGGAAGUAGCCUUCAGUGCCAUUUCAAGCAAGACUCAUACAGCUUAACUGCACAUUAUCAGGAUUCUUCACCAUAGGAUAAUUUUGUGACUGCUGGUCAGACUGUUGGUAAGGACAUGCUCCUUUUUUAACACUCCCCCUCCCCAUAAGAAGCCAAUUACAUGGCGGAGAAAACUAGCUGGAACCCUCACUCCCUGAAAAACUAACCUUCUUCCUGCAUCACACAAUUCUAGCAUAGUUCAGCUGUCACUGAGUAGACCAUAUCCAAAGUGCAAUGAACAGCAUUUCUGAGGUGGGAGCAGAGCAUUGCUUAGCCUAUCCCUAAGAUUUAGCUAACUGUUCAGGUCAGGGCAGCAGAGAAGCUUACCUUCCCCUCACCUUCUCUCCCUGAUGGUCUGCAGCUGUGAGAGGUUAUAUCUCAGUGUAUUCCCACUUGGCUUAGGACAGUCGCAUCACCAGUUCUUCCCACUGUGUUUCUAAGUAGUGAAGUACUCUAGCCAAGUUUGUGCUCUCUUCAUUUGCAGGGGUAGAAUCUGUGUGUUUAGCAAGUCCCCUGCAAUGACUGGGAGAAAGGUGGUUCCUCUUCUAGCGUGGUGGUGUGGUCCAUGUAGCUUCCUUAUUUCCCCCACUGGGCAUGGUGGGAGCCAGGAAUAGGCAGAAGCAUCUCCAACCAUCAUUGCUUGAUGCCUUGCCAGUGCUGCCCUCCUUCCUUGUGGCAAAGGUAGAGGCUACUCCCAUAUUUCCCCAAUUACUGACCAAAUCUCCAGUGUUGCAACCAUCUUGUUUGGAUUAUAUUUUCUAAUGUACUGUGUCAAAUUGCUCCAGGGAGCAGGAUGGUCCUGGCUGCCUUGAAGCUUUGGUGUGCUCCUCUGAUCUCAAUGAAGGUAUUGGAAUUUA